CCCCUCUCCCCCAUCCCCAUCUCCUCCUCUCUCUCUCUCGCUCGCGCCGCGGAGUUUGGAGGCUCGGAGAGAUCGGAGCAGCGGAGGCCCGCUUGCCCUAGCGCGGCAUCAUCAUCAGCAGCAGCCAUGGCGUUGGCCGCCCGCCUCAUCUCCCGGUCCCGGCAGCUGUAUUCUGCUCAAGCUGCCUUGGCAAAUGGAGGUGCCACUCAAGUCCGCCUGUAUGCCAAGGAGGCAGCUCCAACUGAUCGCCGUCCUGUCAGUGGUGAUGAUCUAUUGAAGGGCAUAUUUUUUGAGGUAAAGAAGAAAUUCGAGACUGCCCUCGGGGUACUUAAGAAGGAAAAGAUCACAAUUGAUCCGGAUGAUCCAGAAGCAGUUGCCCGUUAUGCUCAAGUCAUGAAGACUGUAAGACAAAAGGCGGAUCUUCUUUCUGACUCUGAGAGGAUUAAAUAUACCAUCGAGACUUUUACAAAGGGCAUCCCUGAUGCACGGACCUACUUGAAUACUCUUCAGGAGAUCAGGAAAAAGAGUGGACUUAUAGACCAUAUGGGUAUUGAGGAUAAGAUGAUGGAAGCCCUUGAGAAGGUUGAGAAGGAGAUUAAGAAACCACUUCUGAGGAGUGACAAGAAGAAUAUGGCUCUCCUCUUGGCAGAGUUUGAUAAGAUAAACAAAAAGCUUGGAUUUAGCAAGGAAGAUCUUCCCAAGAUUGAGGAACGGCUUGAAAUGGAAAUUGCCAAAAGUGAGCUGACCGAGCUUAAGAAGGAAUGUGUUGAAGCAAUGGAGGCUCAACUAAAGAGGGAGGAGUUCAAAGACGAGGAGAUGCCUGAUGUCAGGAAGUUGGACAUCAGAGAGUUUCUGUAGGCCAGACCAGUUCUGAGAACCUCAUGGCAUUUUGAAAUGCUCGGACACCAUAAUCUCUCGCGUUUUUUUCUUUUCCAGUGACAGCCGGUGCUGUAUGCAUACCAAUGAAUGUUAUUCUUGCCUUUUGUAAUAAGAACUGCACCGAAGUACAAAGACAAUCAACCAAUGUGUUGGAUUGCUUGCUAAAUUCCUGCGUGGAGAAUUUUGUUUUUCCAUUGGCAUUGUGAACGCCAAGCAACGUCUUACUGUCUCCUUGA